CAAGCGGAACGCGGGAACUUAACCACUCAGCCACGGGCCGGCCCCCAAGGAAUCUGCAUUUCUAACAAGCUCCCCAAAAUGAUUCUGAUGCAGCCAGCCUUGCACCCCUACUUUAGCGAGUACUGGUUAUGAGGCUGGGUGUCUAAGUCACGUCAGUGUUAAAUAGACCUACUGUCACCUCCUUCACAGUAAAAGAGAUGUCUGUGCAAGCCUGUUUGCACAAAGAUUUUUUGCACAAGAAAGCACUAAUGCUUUUUUUGAUCCCCUCCUCUCUAUACAAAGGUGAAGAACUUUUAUUUGAUUUCUAUCCCACCUCGUGUUUAAUGCAUCUGGCCGCAAGGCCCGGAGUUGAGCCAAGGGAGAAAGAGAGGGAGAAAGAAGAGUCGCAAACUCCUUCAGUCGGUGCAGCCAAGCUGCACUUGACACCCCAAGGACCUGCUGCCCACCCCCCACCCCCUCUGGCGUAUAUUUGCAAUGGGCCCUAGGCUGCAUGGGGACCCCGCCCCCAUGCCCCGCUGAUUGGCCGCGCCGGCCCGUUCGUCACGCUCUUUUGUCUCAGUGGGCAGAGGAUAAAAGCAGCCUCGGCUGCCGUGGGAACUGUGCUGCCUCUACUUGGCUACCCCUCGCUGGGCAGCCUUGCGGAGCAGCUCCAUCUGGCAGUCCCGGGUCCCUUAGCGGCCAAAGAGGCGCAGGUCCUUCUCCCCUGCAGGGCGGCGGAGACCAGAGGCGGAAUCCACAGCUGUCAACGCCGGAGCGUCAGCUACCCACCAGCACAGCAUAGGUCAUCAAAACCGAAUGCGAACUUGAAUUCUGUGCGGCUGAUUGCAGAGCUGUCUUGACGCUCUGAGGUCCCGGAUCGGCGUCCCCCGGUGGACAGAGAUCGACUGUACCUCGGAGGCGAGCUUUCUCACGGAGGCCACAGGUUGCAGAGGCUGGAAGUGAAAUAAAGGCGCGCGCUUGUUCCUGAGCUCCUUCUCUACUGAGAUAGGAAAGCAGAGACCCCCCCGCCACGCCUGCAGAUUAGGCUUUUCCAAAAAGCCUGAACAUCUUGUUAUAUUCAGAUACCCGAUCAUCAUCAGACAUGGCUAGCAUCCUUUCUCGCGUGGGUAAUGGCCGGCGGCAGAACGCACACUUGCCGCCUUGGGCCCACUCAAUGCUGAGGUCCCUGGGAAGGAGUCUUGGUCCCUUAAUGGCCAAUAUGGCAGAGAGGAACAUGAAGUUGUUCUCGGGGAGGGUGGUGCCAGCACAGGGGGAAGAAACCUUUGAAAACUGGCUGAUCCAAGUCAAUGGGGUCCUGCCAGAUUGGAAUAUGUCUGAGGAGGAAAAGCUCAAACGCUUGAUGAAAACCCUUAGGGGCCCUGCCCGGGAGGUCAUGCGUUUGCUCCAGGCGGCCAACCCCAACCUAAGUGUAGCAGAUUUCUUGCGUGCGAUGAAAUUGGUGUUUGGGGAGUCUGAAAGCAGUGUGACUGCUCAAGGUAAAUUUUUUAACACUCUGCAGGCACAAGGGGAGAAAGCCUCUCUUUAUGUGAUCCGUUUGGAGGUGCAGCUCCAGAAUGCUAUUCAGGCAGGGAUCAUAGCUCAGAAAGAUGCGAACCAGACUCGCCUGCAGCAGCUCCUUUUAGGGGCUGAACUGAAUGGGGACCUGCGCUUCAGGCUAAAGCAUCUUCUCAGAAUGUAUGCAAAUGAGCAGGAGCAUCUUCCUAAUUUCCUAGAGUUAAUCAGAAUGAUAAGGGAGGAAGAGGAUUGGGAUGACACUUUUAUGAAACAGAAGCGGGCCAAGAGAUCUGAGUCAAUGGUGGAGAGAGCAACCAGCCCAGUGGCAUUUCAGGGCCCUCCACCGAUAGAGAUCGGCAGUGCCAACUGCAACGUGAUAGAGAUAGAUGAUACCUUCAAUGACUCAGAUGAGGAUGUGAUCCUGGUGGAGUCUCAGGACCCUCCACUUUCAUUCUUGAGCUCUCCUCCCCCCAGACGCAGGGCUAGACUUCGGGAUCCAGUGCUAGUCAUUGAUUCCCCCAACAGUUCCCGGGCUCAAUCUCCUUCCACCAGUGGUGGUUCUGGGUCUAAGAAUGAUAGUCUUGGGGAUAUGCUUAGAGCCAGGAAGCGAAAAUACACAAUCCGCUGUUCGUAUUGUGGUGAGGAGGGCCACUCCAAGGAAACCUGUGACGAGAGCAACAAGGCCCAGGUGUUUGAGAAUCUGAUCAUCACCCUGCAGGAGCUGACACACAUAGAGGAGGAGGGGUCAAGAGAGGCCCCUGGCGAACCCAAUGAUCCUUCUGAGCCACAGUGAGGGGCCAGCCCCCAGCCUUAAAUGAACCCUAACCCAUAUUCAGAGUCCAGCAAUGGGAAAACUGGGGAGGGGGGAGCGCUUCUAAUUGCAUGAAUUAAUCCACAAAGCGGCUUUCUUUUGGGGUGGAGGAGAAAGGUCUUGGAUACCAGCACAGUGGAGGGAGAUGGCCUGACCUCUGUUCUUGCUCUUCACUCCUGCCCUCCCCCACUGCCUAAGGGUCUAUUUUCUGUGUGUGCCCAUUUCCUUGAUGGCUUUAUUCUCUUUGUGAAAGUGGCAUAAUUCAUUGUUAACCAUUCAAACAAUAAAGAAAAGUGCAAAAAGUACAAAUUACCCCAAACCCUCCACCCUUAUAGAACCAUUGUCAACCCUUUGAUGAAUGUCCUUCUAGAUAUUUCCCUAUAUCUACAUACCCAGGUAUAUGUAUAGAUAAAAGUGAUCAAAUAUAAGUGCUGUUCUAUAGUCUGUAUUUUUUCACCAAACAAUAUAUGUUGUGGGCUUAUUCUAUGUCA